GAGAACUCAGAGAGCUGCGAGGUAACCAGGGUAGAGAGGAAGAAGAAGGGGGGUUAUAUCUAUAGAGCCUAUUGCGAUGAUAGUGCCGCCGGCGUUGCAAGACUUGCCGGAAACGAUGACGCCUGAGAGUAGCGCCAGUUCCAGUGUUAGGGACAACGGUGGUGACCACCAUACUUCAUCGUCCAGCAGCUCGUCCUCUAAGGAGACACCCAGCUGCGAGGAAAGGACAGGGAAUGUGGUGCCCAAGGACCUACCCGCUAGAUUUAGAUUCAAGGCCGCGCUGCAUCACGAAGUAGCAGACAGUGCGCCCUCAAUAAGUGGGUAUAGGAAACUAGAGGAGAUGGUGAGGGCGUACCACAUCCCCAGGACGAUAUUGCUUCAGACUGGCCGGCCUGCGAUUUCCCCUGCCCGGGCUAAUAUUCGACUUGCUAGCGGAUUACGAGCUGGCUCUGACGCAGCUGAUGCCCAACAGCAUAAGGUUCAUCAUAGGCUUUAUGCUGUUGUGUGUGAGGUUGGAGGUACCCGCGAAGGCGAUAGUGUUCAGGUCGCUGUUCCAGUGCUGACAAUGUCCCAACUCCAGAGGCGCAAAGUGGAGGGAAAGUUUGAUAGAUCUAGAAGCCCUGAUUACCUCGGAGCAGCUCGCUGUGUUCGGGUUUGUCGACAUGGCAAACCUGUUCACAAAAGUGUCAGCGAGCCCAAGGCUCACGAGGUCGCGAAGCAGGCAGCACCUCACAAAGAUAGACGCGGUUCAACGAGCGGCCUCCUCCAGCACCACAAUCACACAGCUCGGCGUCUAGGCCUCGCGCAGAGCAGCGGGUUGAAAUUGCGGCCCUCAGUGCGCAACAAGUGGGGGGCUCAGCCUGUGCAGGCGGCUCAACCUGAGGCCGCGAGCUCAUCAAACGUGCCAUCGGCCACGGCGCGAGCAGUGUUGGCACCCCGGAUCACGCAUGCAAAGCUUUAUGCCACCCAUGGAUCGUCAACGGGCAAGGACUUUUGUGCAGCAGCAUGGCGGGCAGGUUGCCAUGGUCAAGCUGAUGGACAAAAAGCUAGCCUUGUGGAUGAUGUCAAUUGUCUACAAGGCUCAGGGAUGGCCAAUCGAGCUACUGCAGCAGCGGAGAGCCGAGCAGACGAGCUCGCAAAUAGAAACAAUGAGCUCAGGGAGAAGCUGAAACGAGCCCAUGCUGAAAAAGAAAGCGGGAUCCAGGCGGCAAAGGAGGAGGCCGCCCGGAUUGAGGAACGGGCCAAGAAGGUUGAGGCUGAAAUGGACUGUGCUCUGAACGAGCUGGGCUCCCUCAGGCACCAAGUUGUCGAGGCCGACAACAACCUCAACGCAACUGAAGGGGCCCUGAACGAACUGAAGAUUUCUCACGGGCGCUCUAUAAGCAUCGCCCGAGCUCAAAAGGCAAAAUGGCUGGUGGUGGUGGCGUCUGCGAAUAUGACCACGGAGAUCUACAACGAGAUCCGUGGGAAAGUGUUGCACCAUCGCCCGGACUUCCCCAUCCGCGAGUUGGCGUUUUUUGACGGGGAGGAUAUUGACGAGCAGGGUAAGGGCCUUGCUCCCCUCGCUGAUACAACAGUGCGGCUGAGGUGGGACCUCAAUGAGGAGGGAGAGCCAUCGAGCACUCCUCCCAACUCUCAGCCCACUGUGGUGUCGGCCAAGUCGCCCGUCAAUGCACCAGCUCUCGAGCCCACAGCUCGGUCUUCUCCAGCUUGCUCCUCUCCUCGCGUUGCUAUCGCGUCCAUGCCCGUCGAUCUGAUGGAUGAUUAGAUUUAGGAUUUUUUCCUUUUGAUCUUUUGUAUUUUUUGUUUCUUUUUGUAAACAAUUGUAUCACAAUCUCUCGUACUAAAACUUGUAAUUUUUUGAAAAGAAAUACAAAAUUGGAGAUUAUAUCAAAUUGUUUUUCCUUUGUUGUAUUGCAUGUAUGGUUUACAUUUCCACGAACAAAUUCUUCAAUAACAUAUCCAUUAACUG